AUGUUCGUUGAGAACAAGAAGAAAGUGGGAAGUGGUGCAAGCCAUGGCUCUUCUUCUUCUUCGUCAUCAUCAAGGAGUCUGGAUCAUUUAUUUAGUCUCAAAGACUCGUCGUCAUCUUCUUCAUUAUCCCCUUUCCGGAUUCUUUGGCUCCAUUUUCCCACCCAUCAAGCUAGUAUGUACGGGAGUCCAAGUUUUUCUGAUAAUAAGGGUGAAAACAAAACCAGCAAAGCUUCCAAUAUGUAUCAAAACGAAGCUACGGAUCCAUGCAACCUGAGUUCAUCUAUCUAUUAUGGCGGCCAAGAAAAUUAUAGUCCAAGAACUGGGACCACUGAAUCCCAUCAGCAUCAUACUUCUAAGAAAGAUGGCAGUGAGGACGAUGCAAAUAGUGCUUCGAGAGGAAACUGGUGGCAAGGUUCACUUUAUUACUAA